AAGCGGAGGAUAUAAAUCCGUUAUUUUUGUGGCAGCAAUUUUUUUUUCACAUUCACUUUCAUGAAAAGUGGACAGAGGAAUCCUUCCUACGAUCACAUAGCGAAUCAUAUUAAAUAAUGAAAAUGAUAAACGAUUAAAAAGAGAUAUUUAUGUCCAAGAUAGCGGAACUGAACGAAACGAUUGGCGACUUGAAGAAUGCGGUUCGCAACAAAGACAUCAAUCUUGGCAACAUUCAACGAGACAAUGAGCGGCUAGCUUCGGAAUUGAAGAAGCAACAACGAUGCAAUCGAAAUCUGAAGCAACAGCUCGACGACGAGAGAUUCUUCUAUCAGCGGGAGAAAGAACACUUUUGUCAAGAGUUACAAACUAACAGAAGCAAGUGUCAAGGAAGUACAACGAAAUUUCAACAACAACAGAAACGAGAAUUUGAGCAAUUGCUCGAGAGCCUGGAAGACGAGAACAAGGAAUUGAGGAAUGAAAUUUUGGAGAAGAACGAAGUUACAUAUAAUCUUUGCAUUAAAUUCUUACGUAUGAAGGACUCCCGCGAUUUGCUCAGGCAAAAGCUCGAUCGUUUGCUUCAGGAACAUCUACAAGUCAUGGCAGAAAUGAUGGAGAAACUUGACGAGGCUAGAGAAGAACUCAACAUCAUCGUUUCGGAAAAGUUUCAGGAACCAUUGCCCAUUAGCAAAGCUAAGUUUCUGCAGAUUGUUCAGAGGAACAGUAAAUUGGUCUACGAGAAUGCAGAGUUAAAAUUGCACGUGCAACAAUUAACGCAAAACAUUGAGAGAUUGAAGAGUGAAGCACAAAAAACAAAAACGUUGAACGUCGAUGCUAGGACUAUUGAAAAACUGGCGGAGUGUGCUCGGAGGAGGAGGAGCGAAGAGGCCACAAAAAUAUGUUCGAGACUACCCGGUCCAAAUAGAAAUAAAUCGCCUCCGAUGGACAAGUCGAGUGCAAUGAAUUCUCCGGUGAUCCAUAAAUCGAGCCAAGUCAAAGUCGUUUCUUCCUUGAAAUCGAAAAAUCGUAGCAAAUUAACGAUCACCAAGGGUGGAAAUAAUGAAGAACCGAAGCACCCGAUCGACCUUCACCCGAAAGCGAUACAAAGUGCUCCGGGAGUGGUGCAAACGUCGGUUUUUCGGCAAGUACAAUUUUUUGAGACUCCGACCAACUGCACCGAUGGCUCGGAACGCAGUUUGGAUUUUCGUGACGCUGGUACGAACACCUGAGUUCGAGUCUCGAGGGUCUUGGAUCGAAUUGUCACAACGCAGAGUCCACUCUCGACAAGAUAAUGAAAAUUUAAAUGGACUUGGAGCAGAGCUCGUAGGAACAGAGAAAUAUCGGGUCUCGCUAUUGAGACUCAGAAAGUGUAUGAUAAGUAGCGAAUAAUCGAGAAGAAUUAAUACAUCAUGUUUUAUCCUAUUUAAAGUGUCGAAAAAAGUCACCGAAUUUUUUCAUUCCUCGUUUGUAAUUUCUCUACGAUUUUCGAAGAAUUAUUUUUUCGUGUCAAAGUACAUUUUAAUAAUGUUUUUCACUGCGAGAAAAUUCUCUCUUUUCGAAUUUCUCUGUCGGAUCGACCAUCUUUAGAACACGUUCGUAAAAAAGUUUCGUUCUUUUCGGCUGGGGUAACUUGGUCGAUACGAGAGAGAAAUAACGGAGAGCAUUUCUCACAGAUGUCGUCAUCGAACGACAUCGAAGAGCCUUUCCAUGUCACCGCACUUAUUUCCUAAUGACCAAUUAGCAACGAGAAUUUCAUUACACGCUGUAUAAUUUCUUUUUUAUAUCACUAUAUUUUCGAGCACUUUAUAGGAAGGAUCGUAAUACUAGUGAAUUUCUCGUAAUCGAAUUUCAAUGAUUGAUUUCUGAAAUGUGAUGAUAAAGACAGAACGAACAUUUUUCAAAAUCUAAUUUAACAUUGAAUUGAAUACGGCGAAAAAGUGAAUUUUUAAGUUUCAUUUUGUUUCUCAUUUUUCUCUGCAUUGUCAUUAAUGUGUAAAAAUCUCUUGACCCCGAAAGGGGUGUUGUAAGCAGUUCGAAGAAGAAGAUAAAAUAGGAAUGAACGAAUCCAGCAUAAAAGUUGGUCAAUGCGUUGGAGGGGUUGACACCGAGAAUUACCAUAUCGCUCGUCGGAUCUGAGCAGCGAGGAUCGCAAGACGAGAAAAUGAAAAUGAAAAAAGUUGCAAUUCCAAACGAUAAUCGUAUUAAUUAACAUCGAGAAUUGAUAAGAUCAGGCAUUGUGUAAUCCUCGACGAUUAAUUCCCGAUCAAUUAAUUGUGCCGAUAAUUAGAUAUCUAUCUGGGUGUAGAGAACGAAAGGGAGAGAGAAAGAGUCGAGCCAGAGUUGUACAGCGCGGCUCGUGAUUAUAAAUUGUCCGAUUAUCGUAACGAGCGAGGCAAAACUCGUGUAACGAAGAGGCCGAAGAUAAAAUAUGCCGAUAAAUAUAGAAUUUUGAGU